GCUCUGAUAGGAUUCUAGACAAAAUGGCGGAUGUUGUUGAUUUGCGGCAGGGUCAGUGAUAAUCGGAGUUCACCUUUUCACUGAUUUACUGCAAGACAUUAUACAGAAAUAAUAUUAGACAAGUCAUAAUCGUUGUAUGGUGAGCUGCAAUGAAAGGCAAAGAAAGGUCACCGAUUAAAAAGCGUUCUCGGGUUUUGGAUGAUAUCCGAGACAGGGGAGGAGGCCACCCGCCCAGCAAGAAAAUGAGGGCUAUCUCGGUUUCCAGUGGGAGUAAUAAUGGAAAUAGCUCGACUAAAAGUGACGGAGGAUCUACGAGAAGGAGUUUGUUGGGUGACAAGAGAGGCCGGGAUUUUGAUGGACAUGUAUCGAGUCGAACCGGUGGGAGUAACCAUAGCUAUCCCGUUGCUGCUGCAACCUCUACCGGUAAGAACCACAACCUGGGUUUGACACUCGAUUUAGCCGCGGCAAGGACUAAUGCUCGCGGCGAGCGUGUUCCGCCUCCACCUAACAACAACGAGAGUGAGUACAAAACUCUCAAAAUCAGUGAACUGGGCACCCAGUUAAGUGAUGAAGACAUAGAAGAUGGACUUUUCCACGAAUUCAAAAAAUUCGGGGACGUGAGUGUCAAAAUAAGCCGCAGCAACGACGAGAGAAUUGCGUUUGUGAACUUCAGAAAGCCCGAGGAUGCCAGAGCUGCUAAACACGCACGGGGCAGGUUAGUACUUUAUGACCGACCUCUGAAAAUCGAUGCAGUGUACAUUAACAGGAGGAGAAGCCGUUCUCCAGUUGAGCGAGUUGACAGAGACCCAUAUGUUGGAGCCCCAGGCCACAGACACUUACACUCCCAGAGACCCCUCUCCCCAUCUGUGCUUGGAUACAGAGACUACAGACUACAGCAGCUGGCCCUUGGGCGCCUCCCUCCUCCCCCACCCCCUCCUUUGCCCAGAGACCUAGAGCGGGAGAGGGAGUUUGCCCUGUUUGAAGCCAGGGUGCGCCCAGGUCCAGCUUUCAUUGCAGAGAGAGCUUCUGCUUUCCGCGAUGAGGAUUUUAUCUCCCCAGAGGAUGACCAAAGAGCUAACAGAACGCUGUUUCUGGGCAACUUGGACAUCACUGUUACAGAGACAGACCUGAGACGGGCCUUCGACAGGUUUGGGUUGAUAACAGAGGUGGAUAUUAAGCCCACACGGGGACAGACCAGCACAUACGGGUUCCUCAAGUUUGAGAAUCUCGACAUGGCCCACCGCGCCAAACUCACCAUGUCUGGGAAGAUAGUGGGCCGGAACCCCAUAAAGAUUGGCUAUGGUAAGGCCACCCCCACCACACGCCUAUGGGUGGGUGGGCUCGGACCCUGGGUCCCCCUAGCAGCAUUGGCCAGAGAGUUUGACCGCUUUGGUACAAUAAGGACCAUUGACUACAGAAAGGGGGACACCUGGGCUUAUAUACAGUACGAGAGCCUUGACGCUGCUCAGGCUGCGUGCACUCACAUGCGUGGCUUCCCUCUGGGUGGGCCCGAGAGGAGACUCAGGGUGGACUUUGCAGACACAGAGCACCACUACCAGCAGCAGUUCCUUCAGCCUCUUCCUCUACCCUCCUUCGACAUGGUGGCAGAGGCUUUCAUCCACCGCGCCAUAGCUGAGCCCCCGAGGGACAGGGAAAGGACUCCACCGCUUCUCCACUUCAGAGAGAGAGAACUGGGUUUCCCCGGGGCCGAGUGGCCCCCCAUCCCGGCUAUGCGUGAGCGGGUACGUCCCGGGACCUUUGAGCCGCUGGAGCGGGACCGGCGGCCGGGAGGGAGGGAACCCUGGUCUCUGGAGCGAGAGCUGGCGGGACGCAGCUGCGACCCAAGACGGAAACGACACCUUAUGGAUGACGGUCGCCAUCUUGACGUCUCUCCUGACAGCACUGACCGCACGGCACGCCGACACCGAGGGGGUCCAACCCCAGAUGGUAGCCCCAACGGGGGCCGCUUCAGUGAUUCAGAGCGUACCCCUCGAGGCGGCGGCGACGACAGACCCUCCCCUGGACGAGACCGUCGCCUCAGUCUGGAGCAUCCUGGCGGGGGGGACAGGAGACUAAAGAGCCAGGGGAGUCUUGCUGAAAGAGGGGCCUCCAGCAGUGGCCUCUCAUCCUCAGCAGGGGAGCGGAAACGUAAAGCCGGCGACAGCAGCAGCAAAGGACCCGGAGCUAAGAGGGAUCACUCCUCAGACCAGGGCGGCUCUAAAGGCAGUCAGUCAUCCAAGCUGAGCCUGGCCUGGCAUGGCAUGCUCCUCCUGAAGAACAGCAACUUCCCCGCCAACAUGCACCUCCUGGAGGGUCACCAGGGCGUGGCCAAGGACCUCCUCGUCGACGGCCCCACUGGGAGACAGGUUGGGGAGCUCAAGAUCACCCAGCGUCUCCGCCUCGACCAGCCCAAGCUGGACGAGGUCUCCAGACGCAUCAAAGCGGCCGGCCCCGGCGGCUACGCCGUUCUCCUGGCGGUUCCCGGUUCCGGCGGCGAGGAGGUGUCGUCGACGGACCCUGCAGCUUCCACCCAGCGUCCUCUCCGAAAUCUGGUGUCCUACCUGAAACAGAAGCAGGCAGCCGGAGUCAUCAGCCUGCCCGUUGGAGGCAGCCGGGAUAAGGACCACCAGGGUGUUCUCCAUGCGUUCCCUCCCUGUGAGUUCUCACAGCAGUUCAUUGAUGCCUCGGCUAAAGCUCUGGCCAAAACCGACGAGGACUAUCUGGUGAUGGUCGUGGUGCGAGGUCCAUCAUAACUACAAUCAGAUAGAGGAAGCAAAACAUCAAUGAUAUUGUAAAAAAAGAGAAAAACAACUACUAUUGCAUGCUGUGUGUUGAGUUCUGCCUAAUGAGGUGCUACUUAGCCUAUCCUCCCCAUAACCCUACUCUCUAUGUCACUAUUUUUCCCCACCAAAAUAAGUAGAAAAUGUCCCCCUGAAAGUCAACAAAUGUGUAAUUUUGGAACCCUGUUUUAUAAAGGGUGUGAUCAUUUCUAGCCAGUAUAUGCAGAAACAAUUCCGCUGGAAUAUUAUAAAAGGGGGACAUUCUAUGAAUUAAAGGAAAAAUCUACUGUAAUUUAAAAUGAGGUAUAAUGGCCCCUUUUUUUGUUUUCAUUUAGGAAAACUUGAACCAACCACUGUUUGUAAAAGUCUAAACUUCUCUCCCUAAGAUUUGCUCUGCUGUUAGUGUUUGGUUGUAUUAUGUAUACGUUAUACUACUUUAUGCUUAUUGCAAUCAGUUGGCGUCAUUUAAAGUUAAUUAUAUAUUUUUAGCAAAAUAGUCACCUCAAAACCCUUUGUUCAAUAACCAUUUCUUUAUUCUAAAUGUCACAUUUUGAGAAAGAUACCAUCAGGCCCUGUUUUGACUGGUAUGGUGAGGCUAAAAAUAAUUCAGUUUGGAUUUCUCAUAAAAAAAAUUAUUGGGGACAUUAAUGUUGGGAUAUGUCCUUACUGGCUUUCUCUAAUACAUGAACAUGUUCUAAACCUAGAAAUCUGAAUGUACCUAUAUGCACGGUAGGCUAUCUGGUGUUCGGUUACACUUGGUGUUUUACCCUGUGUAACUGGUUCGGUUACACCUGGUGUUUUACCCUGUGUUAACUGGUUCGGUUACACCUGGUGUUUUACCCUGUGUAACUGGUUCGGUUACACCUGGUGUUUUACCCUGUGUUAACUGGUUCGGUUACACCUGGUGUUUUACCCUGUGUAACUGGUUCGGUUACACCUGGUGUUUUACCCUGUGUUAACUGGUUCGGUUACACCUGGUGUUUUACCCUGUGUAACUGGUUCGGUUACACCUGGUGUUUUACCCUGUGUAACUGGUUCGGUUACACCUGGUGUUUUACCCUGUGUAACUGGUUCGGUUACACCUGGUGUUUUACCCUGUGUAACUGGUUCGGUUACACCUGGUGUUUUACCCUGUGUAACUGGUUCGGUUACACCUGGUGUUUUACCCUGUGUAACUGGUUCGGUUAUACCUGGUGUUUUACCCUGUGUUAACUGGUUCGGUUACACCUGGUGUUUUACCCUGUGUAACUGGUUCGGUUACACCUGGUGUUUUACCCUGUGUAACUGGUUCGGUUACACCUGGUGUUUUACCCUGUGUUAACUGGUUCGGUUACACCUGGUGUUUUACCCUGUGUAACUGGUUCGGUUACACCUGGUGUUUUACCCUGUGUUAACUGGUUCGGUUACACCUGGUGUUUUACCCUGUGUUAACUGGUUCGGUUACACCUGGUGUUCUACCCUGUGUAACUGGUUCGGUUACACCUGGUGUUUUACCCUGUGUAACUGGUUCGGUUACACCUGGUGUUUUACCCUGUGUAACUGGUUCGGUUACACCUGGUGUUUUACCCUGUGUUAACUGGUUCGGUUACACCUGGUGUUUUACCCUGUGUUAACUGGUUCGGUUACACCUGGUGUUUUACCCUGUGUAACUGGUUCGGUUACACCUGAAAAUCCUGUGUGUUCAUGGAAUGGUUAAUGGAAUACUACAAAGUGGAUUGUGACAAAUGUGUAACGGAGGUUGAAACACCUAUACAUGGGUUUUAGUUGCUGAGUGUAAAUUCUUAACUUGGCUGUGGUGUAGCUUAAAUACAGUGUGUUCAAUCGGUUUUCAGAUGUGUUUUAAUGUUUAAGCGACUCUCCAGUAAUAUUUGGACAUAUUGAGAGGCUGAAUGAGGAAUUUAGAAGUGAUUUUUGCCCAGCUGAUAUAGAUGGGUCCAUCAAUGCAAUGACGCGACAAACAUAUAGCCUACUAAGAGAGAUGCUACGGGUAGAUUUUAUUGUGUACAUUGUCUUUAGCACCACUUGACCCUUGGUAGUACGUUGUGACCUAUAACCUUUGACCUAUAAUGUGUGAUAAGAUUACACUAGCGAAAAAACAGACUUUUAUUUGUUGGUCCGGUUUCAUUCAAUCAAUAUGCUCUGUCGCCAAGUUUGUCUGAAUAUGACAAUAUUUUAAUGCUAUUUGCUAACAAAUUAUAUACAGUAAACCUAAUAAUCAAUAAGUAAAAAGGUAUUCAAUAUAUAAACGGAUCAUUUAGUUUUUUGGGGGGGGGGAUUGUACGUUUUAUAAGUUGUAGUGCUAUUAUUUUGUAGGAUUUUUUUUUUUUUACCACCGUUUUCCCCUUUGUCAGCCAACAGUUAUAUUUUUAAGACCUAUAUUUAUAGCCUACUGUUGGUACCAUUAUAUGACUGUUUUAAGAUGAGGUAGGGUUUAGUUUUAUCUGUUGACAAAAUUGUCUUGAGAAAAAAAAAAAGCUGUAUUUGUCUCCCAAGUUCACUGCCUCAACUGUGGACUUUUUUUUAUGGCUUUAAAACCUUUACAGGAAACUCUGAAGAGAAGGAAACUACUUAGUAUUUGUUACAUUUUCACUGAGAAGGCAGCAUUUAAGUUGUGGUGUCAUUUUGUGUUGUUUAAAGUGGAAUAAUUAGGACCCUCUCGCUUUGUGCUUGUGUACCUGAUUUCAUUGGGAAGACAAGAAAUGGAAAAUCCUCUUCCCACACUCGUCUUACUGCCAAGUUGUUUAAACAAUCAAAGAGAAAGUGCAUUUACGCACUUAUUAGUCCUCUAAAUAUCAAUAAAUUGUUUCAUUUGAGGGAAA